GAUCCUCACGGCAUCGCCCAUGAAUAGUAGUUCAUUUUAAACAAAUCAUAACUAGCGAGGCAACCGGUCCAUUCCGUUCAAGUGAUAGGUCUGUAUAUAUACAAGAACGAAGAAGAGCACGCGUUAAGAUAUGGCAGCAGUAGUAGAUGUGGUGCAUCUCUACUGGAAGGACUGGGGACUCCACGUGCUGGUGCUGUUCAGUUUCACGUUGCAGUUGACGCUCCUCCUACUGGCGGAGUUCCGGCGACGAUUCGACUCCGGCGUGCUGAGGGCCUUCAUUUGGUCGGCGUACAUUCUGGCUGACUCGAUAGCGAUUUACACCAUCGGGCAUCUGUCGGCGACGAGCCAGGCGGCUGAGCACCAAGCGAUGGCGCUCUGGGCACCAUUGCUGCUGGUGCACCUUGGUGGGCAGGACAACAUCACGGCCUAUGCCAUGGAGGACAACCGGCUGUGGCUGCGCCACCUGCAGACGCUUGCCGUGCAGGCCACUGGAGCUGCUUACGUCCUGUAUGUGUCCUUGCAGGAACCUGCUGGCGACGGCCGACAUCGUCCUUUGCUCCGGCGUGCUGCCAUCCUCCUUUUCGUGGUUGGCGUUGUCAAGUACGGGGAGAGAGUGUUGGCGCUCAUGCGCGCCAAUAGUAACCCAUCUGGCAAGAGCUACCGAUCAAUUGCUAUUGGAAUGUCCCACCCAUGUGUUGUCAUAAAUCAGUUUAUGCCAAGUACGACGGACACGGAAGCCUUGUUGCAGGUAGCUCACGGCAUGCUUGAUGUUGCCAAGGAUUUGAUCAAGGCUCCGCUACCAUGGGUGGUUGUGCCCUCCAAACCCGACAAGUUCAGAGGGGACGUGCUGUGCAGGGUGGCCGAGAUGCAGCUGUCCUUGAUGCACGACGUCUUGUACAGCAAGGCGGAGGUGAUCCACACAUGGUAUGGUUUAUGCGUCCGUGUCUUCUCCUGGGUGGCCACAGCCUGUGCAUUGUUCUUGUUUCAUCUGCAUCUAGUUGGUAGCAGCAGCAGGAGUAGUAGUAGUAGGAAAGAUACUAUAGUCACCUACGUCUUGUUAGCUGGGGCCGUCGUCCUGGAGACCGUGUCAGGGCUGAGAAUCAUGCUCUCGACCUGGACAUGGCAUUUCUUGUGGAAUAGCUUCUUGCUUGAUGAUGCAUUCGCAGCUCUCCGCCGGUGCAUCCACGCCGCCGACUACCUUCCCAGGACCUGGUCAGGCUCCAUAGGACAGCACAACCUGUUCCAGGUGUGCUCCUCCACCGCGGCGAGGCCGAUCGUCACCAAGGUUGCGGAAUGGAUGGGAGUGGAGGCCUGGUGGAACACCUUUGCCUACUCCCACUCCGCUCGCGUAUCACCUCCCAUCAAGGGCCUACUGGUGGAACAAGUGUUGGAGAGCGUGCAGAUCCCCAAGGACAGCCCGAGCCACAUCCGCAAUUCCAGGGGCCGAGCAGCUCUACAGCGCUGGGCAUCGGCCCACCGCGACGAGGGGCCAUCGUCCCGCGCGCGCGCCGCGGCCGUGCCGGCGUGGAAAGGCUGGUUGUUCCUCCAAACCCAGGACGAUGAUGAGCAGCUUGGAUACUGGGGAAGAAAACUCUUGCUAGAGAGCGUUGUUGACCUGGAAUUUGUGGAGAGCAUUCUUGUGUGGCACAUCGCCACCGAUGCCUACCUUUGCUGGUACCGGCGCCAGCAAGAAACACAACAAGGUCGGAAGGAGGAGGAUAAUGAUCUUGCCAGGGCCGUCCAAGAGCUCUCAAACUACAUGUUGUUCCUCCUCGCCGCACGCCCCUACAUGUUGCCCCCUCCUGCUAGUCGCACCGGCUAUGCCAGUGCGUGCUUGAACCUCAUCCGGUCUGCAGCCGGGUCUUCAUACAUUGCCUCAGCCGACGAUCUGGUCCGUGUGGUGGCCCUCGAACCUCCGGACAGAUCACGAGAUUUCGAUCGGAAUGUGCAGGUACAAGACGGGGUGGAGAAUUCUUCGGUGAAAAAAGGAUCCGACAUCUGCAGUUGCCUGAUCGACGAGGAGUUAAAAGCCGCACCCGCGGCCGCCGGGAUGAUGCUCAAGCUGAUCGCGCAGGUGUGGUUGGAGAUGCUAUGCUACGCAGGCGCCCAUUGCAGCGCGCAUUCUCAUGCCAUGCAGCUUAGCAACGGCAGCGAGCUCGUCACCCUGGCCGCCCUUCUGGUGCGAUACUGUGAAAGAGGCAACAUGCUGCCUUCCGGGCAUUCAACCUCUAGUACCGUCUGAAUAAUACAUGUCUCGAUUGAGCUAUAUAUACCGCAUUGCAUCGUGUGCCUCCCUCCCUCCUCAUCUAAUUUGUAGCGUGUGUAUAGCAAGUUUACUUGAGGCGGGCCAAGACUUGAUGUUUUCUGUAAGUAGUAAUAUGUAUAUCUUUACAGGCCUUUCCUACCGUUUUUCUUUUGAAAUCACUCGUGGAGAACUUUUUAGUACUCCAGUAAUAAAUAAAGUAACAUUUAGUACCGA